GGACUACUGUUGGACCGGUAGCCAAAAAAAAAAAAAAAAAAACAGUUUUGUUUUCGUUUUCCCUGAAGUGUGCAAAGCCAUGGCGGGACUCGAGCUGUUAUAUACUUGUGUGUCGAGUUCUAUAACCUCUCCUCAAGAUGCGGUUGUGUGUUUUAUCCACUGGGAAAUAGUGAAGAGUGGAUAUAAAUGUUUAGGAACCGGAGAUGAGCCUCAAAAUGGAGAGAAGAAAUCAGAGUUGCUUCCUGCAUCCUGGAACACAAACAAGGAGCUGUACACACUGAGAUACAGAUCAAAUGAUGACAAGUCCAACCUGCUCCUCAAAGCCAUCACAGUUGAUUCCAGCUUGAUUUUCAACUUAAUGGAUUCAGCCACAGACAAAGUCACAGACCUGACUGUUAAUGUUAGUGAUUAUGUAAAUGAAGCAAACCUACAGUCAUUUGAAAGUGUGUACAAGAACACAGAAGAUUUGGUUAAGAGGCUGAAGACAUCACUACUACCUGCAGUGAAAGAAGAGGGAAGUGCGAGGAAAGAAAGGAGAGAGAGAUUCACAGACACACAGCCCCAGCCAGACCAUGAUCCCCUGUCCAUACCUACCAGAGGUCCCCCUGCUUCGUACCCCCCAAACUGGACAGACCCACUGAAUCCAUUUGCUGCAGGGAGAGCUGAUCUUGAUCCCUUCAGUGGGACAGCAGAAGGCAUGAUUGUGGAUCCAUUACGAGCAGGCUUCCCACGUUCUGGCUUUGACCCUUCAAGUGGCAUACCUGGAGUCCUCCCUCCAGGUGCUGUGCCCCCUGGUGCCCGCUUUGACCCUUUUGGACCAGUUGGCAGACACAGAGCUGGGCCAGACCCUGAUCACCUCCCCAGGCCAGGCUAUGAUGACAUGUUCAUGUAGAAGAUUAUAAUUCACAUCCUGGUUCUCCUGGAAGACUGCCUGUUCCCUUAAUGUACUACAUUUCUCAUCUCUCUGCUUUGCAGUGAACAAAGGACAACAACUUCAUGUCUUGCUACAUUUAGGUUUUGCUGGAUUGAUCGCUACUCAAUUCGAAAGUGGGUUAAUGCCUUCAUUUUUACAAAAUUUCGAAAUUCAGUAAAACUGAUGAAGCCCUUUGAGUGAUAUUUAUUCAGCUCACCAAUCACAACUUAAGUUUCUACCUAAAAUUAGUUCAUGUUUACAGUUUGACAUGUAUAAAUGGACGACAGACUCUCAUUAAGAGGUCUUAUGACCUCUCAUUAAAUAUGUGUAGAGAUAUUACUAAGAAAAAUAAAGCUUGGAAAGAAGAGAUCAUUGGUGCCUCUGGUGACCAUUUAUUAUAUUGAUAGUGCACUAUGUAAUUCAUUAGUUAGCUUUAGAAGCUCUCUCUCUCUCUCUCUCAUAUAUAUAUAUAUAUCUACCAUUCCUCAUUGGAACUAUAAAAGUAACAUAGGCUGCAUUAAGGAAUUGCAGUGUCUGCUGGAAAUGUCUGUUUUGAUCUGGUGUUAUCUGAAUCCAAACAUCCCAGUUUUCUGUGUCCCACACCAUAAUAGUAGGUUGUUAAGAUGUUAAAUAGUAAGUUCUUACAGCAAUAAUUCCUGCUCAAGAUAUAUACACUCACCUUCCACUUUAAUAGGACUACCUGUACACCUGUUCAUUUAUGUAGGUAUGUGAUCAGCCAGCAGCGCAAUGCAUAAAAUCAUGCAAAUACAGGUCAAAAGCUUCAGUUAAUGUUCAUAACAAACAUCAGAAUGGGGGAAAAGUGUGAUCUCUGUGACUUUAACUGUGGCAUGGUUGUUGGUGUCAGAUGGGCUGGUUUGCGUAUUUCAGAAACUGCUGAUCUCCUUUCACACCCAACAGUCUCUGGAGUUUACACAGAAUGGUGCGAAAAACAAAAAACAUCCUGUGUGCGGAGUGAUGCCAUGAUUAAAGUUGCAGAGAUCACACUUUUUCUUCGUUCUGAUGUUUGAUUUGAACAUUAACUGAAGCGCUUUACCUGUAUCUCUAUUGAUUUUAUGCAUUGUGCUGCUGCCACAUGAUUGGCUGAAUGGAUAACUGAAUGAAUGAGCAGGUAUGAAGGUGUUCCUGUUAAAGUGACCAGUUAGUGUAUAUUGUAAAGGUAUUAGAUGUUCUGGGCUCAGAAUUAAUCGUGUGCUUCACUAUUGCUUCUAUUGAAAAAAUAAAGGACUGUUUUCCUGUC